CUCAAUUGCAUUGACAGUUAAGUAAAAUUUAUCAAUCUUAUAAAAAAAUUUUCAGAAGCAAUUUAGUUUCGUAUUUUGUGUUAUAAAGUGUAUAUAAGAGGUUAUUUUUAAGCCAAUAAGUCGAAAAUCAGAAUUAAGAGAAUAAGACUAUCAUCAAUAGUAAAUCUUGAUUUGUUCAUAAGUAGAUAAUCUACCUGUAUUGAAUGUAUGUACAUUGGUUUCGAGAAUUAAGUCAUCAAUUAAGUUAUCAAAAAUUUUUUGGAAUUUUCUUUAUUUUAUAAUCUGAUAGUUAAAAUAUUUAAAGUGAUUUGUUGAAAAUGGCUGAUGAAGGGCUUAUAUGUCGCAUUUGCCGCACCGGCAACGAAGAAAAUCAUCCAGUGAGGAAACCAUGUGAAUGUCGCGGCACCAUGCAGCACGUUCAUGAGGACUGUCUUAUUGAGUGGCUUAUAUUUACGCGUAGAAAGCAGUGUGAAAUAUGUAAAUUCGAUUACAAUGUAAAAGUCAGUUACAGGCCAAAUUGCAGCAAUAUUUUGGUGGGCUGUUUUUCAUUGCUUCAGCUUCUCUAUUGUUGCGUCAAGCUUUUAACCCGUUGUACGAUAACUGCAGUCGUAAAUUUUAUGUGGCUCGUAGUACCAAAAGUUAUUAUCAAACUCCUUGAAUUAUCCUCAAAAAAGCAACUAAUUGAAAGGUCAUCUGUUUUCCACACUCUCAUGGACGAAGUCAUAUUCGGAUAUUUAGUUUUAUUGUUUGUACUUUUUGUAUAUUUUUAUGCGGUCGUUGUAACUAUAAAAAGUACAACUGGUGUCGAGAGACGUAAACUGGAGAGAACUGUUCGCAGAAUUAAACAGUUUGUUUCUCGUAAGUGGAGGUAUAUUCCCAUUUUAUCUAGCAUUACAGGCAUUAUUGUCGCCGCAACUCUUGGAUAUGUACCAUUUUAUAUUGGCCAUUAUCUAUCGGUUGAGGUUAUUCCGACAGAGUUAAUAGAGAGUAAUGUAGAAUUUCAAGUACUACCAAAAAUUUUGUUGGGACAAUCAUUAAUAUUGUUGUAUGUUUGGGGUAUGCAGCGACUCUGCGAAUUGUUACAAUGGAGUCGCUUUCUUGCUACCAUGAGAUUUUUGCACAGACUCAUUAAAGCCUUAUUCAUCGUUCUUUUGCAAUAUUGCUUGCUACCAAUGUUAUGCGGCUUUUGGUGCAACAUUUGCAUUUCACCAGGUUUCGAGAAAAAUUUAAAAUUUUUAAUAACAUGGAACAGUGAAGAGCCAUUUGGAUCCAUGUUUGCGUAUUUCUUUACUGGAAUGUAUUAUAUGUGCACCCUGUGGAUUAUAAAGAAUAAUUUGAAGCAGAUCGUGCAUCCUAAUUUGAAUGUAUUCCUAAAUUAUUUUGAUGCCAAAAUAUGGUUCUCUGGGAAAUUGUACAAAUUGUCAUUUCUGGAAUAUAGUAAGCGGAUAUUACAUAUAACUGUUGUGAUUGGAGUUAUUACUAUGCUUCAGUUUCUAAUUCCUAUGAAAAUCUUAAAAGCAAUUGGAAUUUUUAAUUCAAAGUGGUAUCAAUCAAAUAUUGACGUGAGGUUUGCUUUAUUUGGCCUAUUGGGCAUCAACAAUUUUAGAUUAAUCUUUGAGUCCUGGUGCUAUUUUACAUUUCCAUUAGUUGGUCUAAAGCAUUACUUGAUUCCAACUGCACAGUUGGAUACAUAUCAACUGCGAUACGUGGUUGUAAUUGACUUAAUCGUGUUAAGAGUUUUGAUACCAGUUCGAGUACAACAAGUAACGGAAACUGUAAUCCUACCAUCCAAUGGAAUCUUCUAUUUUCUUCCACGCUGUUGUGCAUUAGCUGCUCUGUGGGUGAUGUCUGCUUUGGCUGUAAUAUUUACUACAGCUGUAUUGGAUAGCGUCAUUAGCUCUAUAUGCUUUAUGCUUGAAUUUUCGGAAAAUAAACUUGCAAAGUUAAUACUCACUGUCACCUGCAUAACAUUCAUAGAUCAUAUUAUUGCAGCCGUUAUUGACGCAGUGGAAUAUUAUAUAAAUGUUCUCUUCAGGCUUAGUGUCCUAAUGUGCGCGAAUGUGGUUACUCUGUUUAUAUACAAAUCUAUUUCGUUUCGUACGUAUCUGUAUGUAUUUGGUAACUGGCCUCACAUUUCUCAGAUUGCAAUGGUUAUAUUAAUAAUGACCGAUGUAUUGGUGAUUUCAUGUAUUAUAUAUGGACCAAGGACAAGUUUACAACAAGCAAUUUUUGCAUUGAAAGAUAUGGAAUUUCAGAACAUACCAGUUCAAUUAAUACUUAGUGAAAUAUUGCUACCAUUUCUAAGGCAUGUCGGACUUCUUAUUGCUUUACCGAUGAUACUUGAGGAAUUCAUAUUCUCAAGUUUAUUCAAUAAUUUUUACCUUGAGUUCUACUUGAAAUACUAUAUCUACGUGCUGAACUGUAUUAUUCAAAACUAUCCAGCAUUUAAUAUUUGCAUCAACUGUAUAAUUCACCAACUCACUAUUAUCUAUAAUCAAAUUAAAUUGGAACAUUUUUCUAAUGAAAUACGCCUAGCUAACUAUGACGAAGUGGCUAUUGAAGAAAAUAUAGACGACCAACAUAUUGUACCACUCAAUGCCUUGCCGGAGAACAUUUUCAACAAUAUUUUCAACCCAUAAUUCACAAUUUUUUAGUUAUAUUGUAUUCAAGUUUUACUAUAAUUUU